AUGAAUCUAAUAUCGUUUGAGACGCCUCCUCCCCUUGGUAGGCAAGAGAGCACCGCUGCUACUGCAGCCACCUUCAAGCUGGCAAAGGAAGCGAGCACUAGCGGCACAUGCUUCCACGGCAGCCAUCUAGACCUUAGCCUCGGCAUCUCCUUGUCUCCGGGCGGUGGAUGUGGUUGCGGUGGCGCCUCCAUGGCGAGCUACAAUGGUCGUCGAGGUGUUGGCGAUGUUGGUCGCGUGCAAAGCAGUGGCAUGAUGGCUAGUACCGCCAUUGCGAACACGCUUAGCGCAGGGCAUGGUGGUAAUCUUCAUGGCAUUGUGAGUAGCACCAGCAGCAGCUGGACGGCGGCAUUCAUGCCGAGCCCGACCGGCUUCAUGCACCCCUGGAGCCUAGCCGCCCGGCAGCAGAAGGCAGCCGCCGAGCAGGACCGGAGCCUUAUGCCAGCGGCCACAACUUAUGUGACAAGCGAUGCUAGUGUCAUCUCACUGCCAUCGGCGGCCGUGGGCUGGCCGCCGGUGCACACCAACCGGCGCCACAUCGUCACGGCCACGAACACACCUAAACCUGACGCCGACAUGAUGCAGCCUGACGGACCGAAGGACGCAAAGAUGGCCGCCACCACCGCGGAUGAUGAAGAUGUGAAGGGGGCGCCGAGGAGCUCUAUGGUCACCGUCGAACCGCCGCGACAGUCGGCCAACAUGUUCGCCAAGGUGCACAUGGACGGCUGCCUCAUCGCCCGGAAGAUCAACCUGAGAGCCCACCGCAGCUACGACUCCCUCUCUCGGGCGCUCACCAAGAUGACAAGAAACUUCUUCUGCCCCGCAGAUUAUCCUUGCUCAGAUUCAGGGAAACAAGAAUGUGCAAAUAGUGACGAUUUCAUAUUUCUGUAUGAAGAUUUUGAAGGAGACCGAAUGCUUCUUGGAGAUGUCCCAUGGGAGUUGUUUCUUGCGUCGGCUAAAAAGUUAUACAUUGCCCGUCAUCCAACAUCAGGAGAUACCAAAGGUCAUGACAAAGCAACUAAACUUGAUAAUCUUUAUGAUGGUUAUUAUGUGCAUAUAGUUUUGGGACCUUAG